AUGAUUCAUCAGUCUGACAUCACCAAUCCUUUUCAAACCAUCCGCUCCAACCACCUGGUUCCAUUCUGGAGCUGUCGCUUGUGUUUCCUCGCAGUUGAGAGUGACUCAGGAGCUUCUGUACCCAGUCCAGAGGUUUUCCAGGAAGCUCUGUCCAAAAAACAGCGCCGCCCACAGGAUGAUGAUCGCAGGAGGAAGGAUCAGGGUCCUCCAGGUUCGGUAAAGAAUAGAACAAUUGCAUCGAAAAUGCCUCCCCGUUUUGCCAAGAAGCAAGGCAGCAUGUCCAUCGAGCAGCCCGAGGAGACGCUCUCCACCAACUUGGGAACAGAGAUCUGGGAGACAAACAGCACAGCUCUGACUGUCCAAUCUUUAGGUGGCGAUUCAUGGACAAAGCAGGUUUCUUACACGGGAAGCGAACCCAAUUCAGAGGAUUCAGAUGCAGGGCCCGAGCAGAGCAAAGAACACAAACCGGGCCCCAUUGGCAAUGAGCGCUCGCUGAAGAACCGCAAGGGCUCUGAGGGCAUGGAGCGUCUGGAGGGACCCAUCACUCCCGUCAAUGGAGUGGAUAUUCACGUGGACAAUGUCAUUCCUGUGCCGCCCAUCGAGUUUGGUGUCAGUGCAAAGGAUUCUGACUUUAGCCUUCCUCCAGGGUCCACGCCAGUGCCUGUGGCCAACCCCGUCACCAAGCUGCAGGACGUGCUUGCUGGGAAU